CGUUUUAAUUCCUUAAAUCAAUCAGUGAGCUCUGCUCGGUCAUUCCCCGUUAAUGGCUACUUCCUUUAUAUCCACUGCAUUCUCUCGCCAUUUUCUCUUUAGAUUUCCCUCCAAAACAUCCACAUCUUCAAUCCCUAUUUUGUUUUCUAACAAGACAAAGGAUUUCAAUAGAUUUCGACUAUUUUCAAUGGCGUCGGAGUCGAAAGAAUCUCCCUCGAACAAUCCGGGACUCCAUACCACCCCAGAUGAAGCAACUAAAGGAUAUUUCAUGCAACAAACUAUGUAUCGGAUUAAAGAUCCUAAAGUCACCCUUGAUUUCUACUCUCGAGUAUUGGGCAUGAAGUUACUAAAGAGGUUGGAUUUCGAAGAAAUGAAGUUCUCCCUGUACUUUAUGGGCUAUGAGGAUCCAGCAACUGCUCCAGCUAAUCCUACUGAGCGAACAGUCUGGACCUUCAGUAAACUGGCUACAAUUGAGCUCACACACAACUGGGGCACUGAAAGUGAGCCCGACUUCAAAGGCUACCACACUGGAAACUCUGAACCCCGUGGCUUUGGCCAUAUAGGCAUCACCGUUGAUGACACAUACAAGGCAUGUGAGAGAUUUGAACAUCUAGGAGUCGAGUUUGUGAAAAAACCUGAUGAUGGCAAAAUGAAAGGAAUUGCAUUCAUUAAGGAUCCUGAUGGCUACUGGAUUGAGAUCUUUGAUCUUAAAACCAUUGGGAAGACAGCUGCUGCUGCUUCUUGAUGUAAUAUGAUAAGAACUUAGGAAAUUCAAGUUGGAAUUCCUACUGUGCUACAUCAAUGAUUUUCACUUAAAUAAUGGACUUUGGUCCUUGAUUUAGAGUAUAAAUUACAACGGUUUCAUCCUGUAUUACUCGUAUAUUUUGACAGCUCAUGCGGAUUGUAAUAUGUCUUAUAUGCUUUCAUGUUUCAUGGUCAAGGCCUUGAGUUGCUCUGUAAUUUAACUCAAUGAGCAUACAACUAAUAAAAAGUUGCAGAUUAUUGUUCAUUC